AAGAUCUCGACCUACAUAUACACAUAUUCUCCAAUCUUUGGAAAGUAGUCUUGAUCAUCAAUUUCUCUUUCUCCAAUCCUUGAUUGUUGAGUCUUCUUUUUUUCUUUGAUUGGCGUAGAGCUUGGUAUAUUGAUUAUACCGAAGUAGGUAGCUUCAAUAAAGUGAUUGAUUAACCUAAAAACAAAACAAACAGAUUUGACUCAGAAACAGAAAAUGAAUUCAAACAACUGGCUUGGUUUUCCACUUUCACCAAACCACUCUUCUUUGCCUCCUCAUGAAUACAACCUUGGCUUAGUCAGCGACCAUAUGGACAACCCUUUCCAAACACAAGAGUGGAAUAUGAUUAAUCCACACGGUGGGGGAGAAGGAGGAGAGGUUCCCAAGGUGGCUGAUUUUCUCGGUGUGAGCAAACCAGACGAAAACCAAACCGACCACCUCGUAGCGUACAACGACUCAGACUACUACUUCCAUACCAACAGCUUGAUGCCUAGCGUCCAAUCAAACGACGUCGUCGUAGCUUGUGACUCUAACAUUCCUAACAAUAGCUAUGAGCUUCAAGAGAGUGCUCACAAUCUACAGUCAUUGACUUUGUCCAUGGGGACCACCGGUGGUAAUAACGCUGCAGCCAAAGCUUCGCCAUCGGAGGCCACCGGCGAUAACACUAGCAGUGGAGCAUUAGCCGUUGUUGAGACGGCCACGCCGAGACGUGCUUUGGACACUUUCGGACAACGAACCUCAAUCUAUCGUGGUGUCACAAGGCAUCGAUGGACCGGUCGAUAUGAAGCUCACCUGUGGGAUAAUAGUUGUAGAAGAGAAGGCCAGUCUAGGAAAGGAAGACAAGUUUACUUGGGUGGGUAUGACAAAGAAGAUAAAGCAGCAAGAUCAUAUGAUCUAGCCGCACUUAAGUACUGGGGUCCCUCGACUACUACUAAUUUCCCGAUUACUAACUACGAGAAAGAAGUAGAGGAAAUGAAGCACAUGACGAGACAAGAGUUCGUGGCGGCUAUUAGAAGGAAAAGUAGUGGAUUCUCACGAGGCGCUUCGAUGUAUCGAGGAGUAACAAGGCAUCACCAACAUGGAAGAUGGCAAGCAAGGAUCGGCCGAGUGGCUGGAAACAAAGAUCUCUACUUGGGAACUUUUAGCACUGAGGAAGAAGCCGCAGAAGCUUAUGAUAUAGCUGCGAUAAAGUUUAGAGGACUCAACGCAGUGACCAACUUUGAGAUCAAUCGGUACGACGUGAAAGCCAUCCUAGAGAGCAGUACUCUUCCCAUAGGAGGAGGUGCAGCUAAGCGGCUCAAAGAAGCUCAGGCUCUUGAGUCUUCAAGGAAACGCGAGGCGGAGAUGAUAGCCCUUGGUUCAAGUUUCCAGUAUGGUGGUGGCUCGAGCUCAGGAGGCUCUGGCUCCAGCUCAUCAAGGCUUCAGCUUCAACCUUACCCUCUAAGCAUUCAACAACCAUUAGAGCCUUUUCUAUCUCUACAGAACAAUGACAUCUCUCACUACAAUACCAAUUCUCAUGAUACCUCCUCCUUUAAUCACCAUAGCUAUAUCCAGACGCAGCUUCAUCUUCACCAACAAACCAACAAUUACUUGCAGCAACAAUCGAGUCAGAACUCACAGCAGCUCUAUAACGCUUAUCUUCAAAGCAAUCCGGCUUUGCUUCAUGGUCUUGUCUCUACCUCAAUCGUUGACAACAACAAUGGAGGCUCUAAUGGUAGCUACAAUACUGCAGCGUUUCUUGGGAGCCACGGCAUUGGUAUUGGGUCGAGCUCCACCGUUGGAUCUACCGAGGAGUUCCCAACUGUUAAAACAGACUACGAUAUGCCUCCGAGUGAUAGCACAGGAGAGUACGGUGGCUGGACUGGUGAGCCUGUUCAGGGGUCGAAUCCUGGUGGUGUUUUCACUAUGUGGAAUGAGUGAAAAUGGAUCUGUUUCUUGCCGUACAAGGAAAUAGGUCUGUAUUAGUAACUAUUUUAUUUUUGUUCUGUUUUUUUUUCUAGUCUUGGAAGUUAUAUUAGAAGGGACUUUUGGUAGAAGAAUUUAGGUAACGCAACUGGUUCAUUUAAAAUUUACGGCGAAGGUGUUGAUUCUCAAACGGUGGUUAAAUGGUUCUUGAGGGUUAGGGUUUUAUGGGUACUCAGUUAAGUUUAAGGGUACCCAAUUUUUGUUUAAGGCUAACCCUUUUGACUAAUUUCCAAACUUGUAGUUCGUUUAUUUAUAAGAUCUAUAUUUCCUCCC